AUGAACGCAAAGAAUGAAGAGCGUCUUCUUAAUCAAGAUGAGUUGCAAGAUCGAACUUAUUUUCUUAAUAUUAUUAAGUCAAAAAUAUCUGAAGUUAAAUUGGAAAUUCAAAGAUUGCAGCAUGAAAUCGAAUCAUUAAGUGAAAAUAAACGACAAUAUAUUGUAUUGAAUAAAACUGCUGAAGAUUUAUCUGAAAAAGUUAAAAAUUUACAAAAUGAUUUAGAAGAUUAUAACAUGGCACGCAUGAAUUCAUUUUGUGAUGUUACAAAAGUGAAAAAAGAAAUUCAAGAUUUAAAUGCACAUAAUCAACAAGUCGAAUCAUCUAUUGAACAAAUGUAUCUUGAAAAACAAAGAAAAGAAGAACAAAUUCAACGACUUGAAUAUGAACUUACUAAUGAUAAACAAAAGCUUGACACAUGUCGAACAAAUCUAGAUUACAAUCAAAUUAAAACUACAUCGGAUCAAUUGCAAUAUGAAAGAAAUUGUAUGGAAAAUGAAAUUUCUAUCUUAGAUAAUCGUAUGAAUAAAAUGCGUGAACAAAUGUUAAUUACUGUUACCCAACAAGAAGCUUUAUCUCUCAUCGAACAAAUUUCCGAACUUGAAAUAAAACAUUAUCAAUUAAUAAAUGACAAUCAAAAUCUUUCAACAACUGAAGAAGCAUACGAAAAAUUAACUAAUCAAAUGAACGAAGAUAAUGAAGAAUUAAUAUUUUUAGAACAACAAAUUUCGGAAUUAUGUAAACAUAAUGAAAAUCUUAAACAAUUAGUUGAUAAUAAUAUACCAGAACACGAGAUAGAUGAUGAAUUAUUUUUAUUGUAUGAACGAAUUUCAAAUGAUAUUAAAACUAUACAAAAAACUAAUUUAGAUUUAAUAGUAUUAAUACAAGAUAAUUGUACACAAUUAAAUAUAAAAUUUAAUCAAUAUAAAAAUGAAAAUGAAAAAUCGCAUAAUACAAUAAUAAUUCUAAUUGAACAGCAUAGAAAACUUAAACAAGAUUAUAUGAAUUUAGAAGUACUUGAUAAAAAAUUACUAGAUGAAUUGCAAGAAUUAAAAAUAAAAUAUAGUAAAAUGCAAGAAGAUUUACAUAGAUUCAAUGAUUUAGAAAGUUUAAAACAUAAAGCUGAAAAACGAAAACAACAAUUAAUUGCAGAUAAAAUUAAUAUGAUAAGACAAAAACAAAUUACUAAUAUGGAAAUUCAAACAUUGCAAACACAAUUUGAAUCUAUUCAAAAACAAUUACAAGAUAAUGAAAUACAUCAACAAAUUGUUAAUUUAGAAAAAAAACUUCAAACUGCAUCUGAAACAUUAUUUACUCUUGAUGAAUUGCAAGCAUCACAAAACUUCCAAAAUCAAUAUGAACAAGUCAAACAUCAAGCAUUGCAACUUGUCGAAAAUUAUAAUCGAUGGUUAAUUGAACAAUAUAAAAAAUCGUCCAUAUAA